CUCGAUUGCUUCAGCCUAUCACCCUGGGAUGCCGCCUGCCGCCGCCGCCGCCACCGCCACCGCCACCGCCACCGCCGCGGCUGCCGGGCUUGUGGGAUCCGCCGCGGAGCCGGAGCCAGAGCUGCAGCCGGAGCUGUGGCCUGAGAGUUAGGGGGCGGGCUGGCUCAUUCCAGAAGUAGGGGCCGAGAACAGGCGGGCUAGAACCCAGAGCCACCGCCCCCCUGUCCCUCCUCAGGCUGAGGGAACUGGCACUCGGAGCUUCUGAGGCGGCGGCGGCGGGAGCCGGUCAGAGGGGGCGGCCCCUGGCGGCGACGCCCCCAAGCCCAGCCCUGCCCGGCCCCGCUCCAUCCCCAGCUAGAGCUUGGUCUGACCGCGAGAGACGCCAGCUGGGCUGAAGAAGGCGGCUCCGAGGAGGUGGGAGGGCGAGCCUCCCCUCCCGGGUUCUUCUGCGUCCUCUCCCGGGAGGGACCCACACACACCUGAGCCCGGAUCCACCCUUGUUCGGGGCCACGCUGGAUCCUCCUCCCGGCCUGGGUCCCGCUCGCCGGCUGCAGGUGGGCUGCAGCGCCCGAGCCUUGGGCAGUGGGCGACCGGGAAGGAGGUGAGAGGUGUCCGCUUCGGCUGCAGCUCGGGUCCCUGCCCUCGCGGCGCGCUCUCCUCCUCCUCCCCUUCCCACAAGCAGGACGCGGAGCCGCGCGCCCGCCGGCCCCGAAGCCGCCGCCUGGUUCCCCCACCUCCCCCCCGCCCCGCCCCGGGGCACCAUGGAGCUCUCUCCGUCGUCCGGAGGAGCCGCGGAGGCGCUGUCCUGGCCGGAGAUGUUCCCGGCGUUGGAGUCCGACUCGCCGCUGCCCCCGGAGGAACUGGACGCGGUUGUCCCAGUCAGUGGAGCCGUGGCCGGUGGCAUGUUGGAUCGGAUCCUUCUGGAGUCCGUGUGCCAGCAACAGAGCUGGGUCCGGGUGUACGAUGUGAAAGGGCCACCCACACAUCGUCUGUCUUGUGGUCAGUCACCCUACACAGAUACAACAACAUGGGAGCGGAAGUAUUGCAUCCUCACAGACAGCCAGUUGGUAUUGCUCAACAAGGAGAAGGAGAUACCUGUGGAAGGGGGACAGGAGCAGCAGACAGAUUCCACCAAAGGGCGAUGCCUGAGGAGAACUGUCAGCGUCCCUUCCGAGGGUCAGUUUCCUGAGUACCCACCAGAGGGCGCCACAAAACUGGAGGUACCAGCAGAAAGGUCCCCUCGUAGACGCAGUAUCUCAGGGACCAGUACAUCAGAGAAACCCAACUCCAUGGACACUGCAAAUACCUCACCCUUCAAAGUACCAGGAUUCUUCAGCAAGCGCCUGAAAGGCUCCAUCAAGAGGACCAAAAGUCAGUCAAAGCUUGACAGAAACACAAGCUUUCGGCUUCCAUCCCUUCGCAGUACAGAUGACAGGUCUCGUGGGCUGCCUAAACUAAAAGAGUCACGUUCUCAUGAAUCCUUGCUGAGCCCAUGCAGUGCAGUGGAAUGUCUGGAUCUUGGUAGAGGGGAACCUGUAUCAGUGAAACCACUUCAUAGUAGCAUCCUUGGACAAGACUUCUGCUUUGAGGUUACCUACUUAAGUGGAAGUAAAUGCUUCAGCUGUAACUCCGCUUCUGAGAGAGAUAAGUGGAUGGAAAACCUUCGCAGGACAGUUCAACCUAAUAAGGACAAUUGCAGGCGAGCUGAAAAUGUUCUUCGUUUAUGGAUCAUUGAAGCCAAGGACCUUGCCCCUAAAAAGAAAUAUUUCUGCGAACUGUGCCUUGAUGAUACCCUCUUUGCUCGUACAACCAGCAAGACCAAAGCAGACAAUAUUUUCUGGGGCGAACAUUUUGAAUUCUUCAGCCUUCCACCACUUCAUAGUAUCACAGUUCACAUUUACAAGGAUGUGGAAAAAAAGAAGAAAAAAGACAAGAAUAAUUAUGUAGGGCUAGUCAACAUCCCCACUGCCAGUGUGACUGGUCGCCAAUUUGUAGAAAAGUGGUAUCCAGUGAGUACACCUACACCCAACAAAGGAAAGACAGGAGGACCUUCUAUUCGGAUUAAAUCACGUUUCCAAACUAUCACCAUUCUGCCUAUGGAGCAAUAUAAAGAAUUUGCAGAAUUUGUCACCAGCAACUACACCAUGCUGUGUUCUGUCCUUGAGCCAGUAAUUAGUGUGAGAAAUAAAGAAGAGUUGGCUUGUGCCUUAGUGCACAUUCUUCAAAGUACUGGCAGAGCCAAGGAUUUUCUGACUGACUUGGUGAUGUCUGAGGUGGAUCGUUGUGGAGAACAUGAUGUCUUGAUCUUCAGAGAGAAUACUAUUGCCACCAAAUCCAUUGAGGAAUACCUCAAGUUGGUGGGACAACAGUAUCUUCAUGAUGCACUGGGGGAGUUUAUCAAAGCUUUGUAUGAGUCAGAUGAGAACUGUGAAGUGGAUCCCAGCAAAUGUUCAUCUAGUGAACUGAUAGACCAUCAGAGCAACCUGAAAAUGUGCUGUGAGCUGGCUUUCUGCAAGAUCAUCAACUCUUACUGUGUCUUCCCUCGUGAGUUGAAAGAAGUGUUUGCAUCAUGGAAGCAGCAGUGCCUGAACCGUGGCAAGCAAGACAUCAGCGAGAGGCUCAUCAGUGCCUCAUUAUUUCUCCGUUUUUUGUGUCCAGCCAUUAUGUCUCCCAGUCUUUUCAACCUUAUGCAGGAGUAUCCUGAUGACCGCACAUCUCGGACUCUAACUCUUAUUGCCAAGGUCAUUCAGAACCUGGCCAACUUUGCCAAGUUUGGUAACAAAGAGGAAUACAUGGCAUUCAUGAAUGAUUUUUUAGAACAUGAAUGGGGUGGAAUGAAGCGCUUUCUUUUGGAGAUCUCUAAUCCAGACACCAUCUCAAACACCCCAGGCUUUGAUGGUUACAUUGAUCUGGGCCGAGAGCUUUCAGUUUUGCAUUCCUUACUGUGGGAAGUAGUUUCCCAACUUGAUAAGGCGACCGUGGCAAAAUUGGGGCCUCUCCCUCGUGUUCUUGCUGAUAUUACCAAGUCAUUGACUAAUCCUACGCCAAUACAACAGCAACUGAGACGCUUCACUGAACAUAACUCCAGUCCAAAUGUCAGUGGAAGCCUCUCCUCUGGGCUGCAGAAAAUAUUUGAAGACCCCACUGACAGUGAUUUGCAUAAACUAAAAUCUCCAAGCCAGGACAACACAGACAGCUACUUCAGAGGGAAAACAUUAUUGCUGGUUCAGCAAGCCUCCUCUCAGAGCAUGACUUAUUCUGAAAAGGAUGAAAGGGAAAGUAGCCUUCCUAAUGGUCGGAGCGUCUCCCUCAUGGACCUCCAGGACACUCAUGCUGCUCAAGUGGAGCAUGCAUCUGUCAUGCUUGAUGUGCCUAUACGCUUGACCGGAAGCCAGCUUUCCAUAACCCAGGUGGCCAGCAUCAAACAGCUGCGGGAAACCCAGAGCACUCCCCAAAGUGCACCCCAAGUGAGAAGGCCCCUGCACCCAGCCUUGAACCAGCCAGGUGGCCUUCAGCCCUUGUCAUUCCAGAACCCUGUCUAUCACCUCAAUAACCCAAUUCCAGCAAUGCCAAAGGCCUCUAUAGAUUCCAGUUUGGAGAACCUAAGCACUGCCAGUUCCAGAAGCCAAAGUAACAGUGAAGACUUCAAGCUCAGUGGACCCAGCAAUAGCAGCAUGGAAGAUUUCACUAAACGUAGCACUCAGAGUGAGGACUUCUCCAGGCGGCACACUGUGCCGGAUAGACACAUACCUCUUGCUUUGCCACGACAAAAUAGUACUGGGCAGGCCCAGAUCCGAAAAGUGGACCAGGGUGGGUUAGGUGCCCGAGCCAAAGCCCCACCAUCCCUGCCACAUAGUGCUUCCUUACGUAGCACCGGGAGCAUGUCAGUGGCGUCCGCAGCCCUGGUGGCCGAACCUGUGCAGAAUGGGAGCCGGUCCCGGCAGCAGUCCUCUUCCUCCAGAGAGAGCCCUGUUCCCAAAGUGAGAGCAAUCCAGAGACAACAGACACAGCAGGUUCAGUCACCUGUGGACUCUGCCACAAUGUCCCCAGUAGAGAGGACAGCAGCCUGGGUUCUGAACAAUGGGCAGUAUGAAGAGGAUGUGGAAGAAACUGAGCAAAAUCAAGAUGAAGCCAAGCAUGCUGAGAAGUAUGAACAAGAAAUUACUAAACUGAAGGAGCGCCUGAGAGUGUCCAGCCGGCGACUGGAGGAAUAUGAACGCCGCUUGCUGGUGCAGGAGCAGCAGAUGCAGAAGCUGCUGCUGGAAUACAAGGCCCGACUGGAGGACAGCGAGGAGCGACUCCGAAGACAGCAGGAAGAGAAGGACAGCCAGAUGAAAAGCAUCAUCAGCAGGCUAAUGGCUGUGGAAGAAGAACUGAAGAAGGAUCAUGCUGAGAUGCAAGCAGUUAUUGAUGCAAAGCAGAAAAUAAUUGAUGCACAGGAAAAACGGAUCGUGUCCCUGGAUUCAGCCAACACCAGACUGAUGAGCGCGCUGACCCAAGUGAAGGAGCGGUACAGCAUGCAGGUCCGCAAUGGCAUCUCCCCCACCAACCCCACCAAGCUUUCCAUCACGGAGAAUGGUGAAUUCAAAAACAGCAGCUGCUGACGGGCUUUGUGAAUAGACAGACUGUGGAAGGAGACAGAAGGAAAUUGACCCACUCUCCUAUCCCCAGACCUUUACCUAGCCCCUCCAGGUUUACAGAAUGUUGCUACUUCACAAUGGCAAUGUGGUGAGAAACUCUUGAAUGAAGAAAGGAACCUUGUCUUUCAGGGCAUAAGGCAGUGACUUCCAAGGUCAAU